AUCACACACCAAAAGAAAAAAAAAUAUAUUUGAGCUGCAAGUCUGCAACUUUGCCAUAUUUCAAGCAGAUUACCAGAAGCACCAUGUGAAUUUAACUGUCAAAACUCCUAACUGCAACAUGUUGCACGUAUGAAAACCAACGUGACGGCGUGCCAUCUACUACCUGAGAAGAAACACAUAGAAAUCUCCAUGCAAUGCAAAUCCUAAUCAAUUUGUCAACCAUUGUUUUUUUGAGGGUUGCAAAGGCUAAUAAUUCCACGAGCUGUGCCAAGCACUAGUCGACGACGACAAUUUCAGGGCUAAUCUGGGAGACGGGGAGAGUAUUGCGUUGAGGCCGUCAUGGCCGGCCUCAAACUCUCCCUGAUUUUCUCCCCUAUAUAUGCGAGCUGCCAAAAGCUCCUCUCCUCGCUCGUCGUCGUUGCCGGCAAACGCGCACUCAAAGAGAGAGACGGAACGCAUGAGGGAUCUCGAGGAGUUCCGGGGCGGGUCGGCGCCGCCGCGCGACGGCGACGAGAGGACGGUGGCCUCGUCGUCGUCGACGCCGUGGUGGUCCGGCGACCCGGAGGCGAAGCGCCGGCGGAGGGUGGCGGCGUACAAGGCCUACGCCGUCGAGGCCAGGGUCAAGGCGUCGCUCCGCCGGGGGUUCCGGUGGAUCAAGGACCGCUUCGUCCGCCGCUGGUGACUCGCCGGACGGCGGCCGGACACCUUACGGCGGCGACGGCGAUAUCAACCGGUGAUCCUAUCCUAUCCUAUGCCAUUUUGACGCUUGUAAAGCCAAGGUUUUCGAUCCAGAUUCUUUUUUUUUUUUGCUUUACGUUUUUUUGAGUGUUUUCUUGUGGUAAUGGAUGCAAGAACUUCGAAUAAUAACAUGUAUGCUUGAGUAUUGUUGCUGAGAUCA